AUGGACACGGCUCACACGCAUCUUGAUAUACAGAGACAGCUCUUUGCCCGCUCUGAGCGAGUGAAGGGCAUUGACUUCCAUCCUACCGAGCCAUGGAUCCUCACAACCCUCUACAGCGGUAUGCCACUUCGCCAGUCACAUCUGCACGAGGAAUCUGACACAAAUUGCANNGGCCAUGUAUACAUCUGGUCAUACGAGACACAAGCCAUCGUCAAGACAUUCGAACUUACCGACGUACCCGUACGAGCUGGUCGCUUCAUUGCGCGCAAGAACUGGAUUGUCUGCGGCUCCGAUGAUUUCCAACUACGCGUCUACAACUACAAUACUUCCGAGAAGAUCACCUCUUUCGAGGCACACCCCGAUUACAUCCGCGCAAUAGUCGUCCACCCCACACAGCCCUUUGUGCUGACCGCCUCGGAUGACAUGACAAUCAAGCUCUGGGAUUGGGAGAGGNGAUGGAAGUGCGUGCAGAUCUUCGAGGGCCACAGCCACUACGUUAUGGGUCUGGCCAUCAACCCCAAAGACACAAACACAUUUGCUUCGGCUUGUUUGGACCGCACCGUCAAGAUUUGGAGUCUAGGAUCAAGCACCGCAAACUACACUCUCGAUGCACACGACACUAAGGGUGUAAACCACGUCGAUUACUAUCCUCAAUCCGACAAGCCUUAUUUGCUCACCACCUCGGACGAUCGCACCGUCAAGAUUUGGGACUACACUACCAAGGCUUUGAUUGCAACCCUCGAGGGCCACACCAGCAAUGUCUCUUUCGCUUGCUACCACCCCGAAUUGCCUGUCAUUAUCUCCGGUUCCGAGGAUGGUACCGUCAAGAUCUGGCACGCAAACACAUACCGUCUCGAACAGUCUCUCAAUUAUGGUCUGGAGCGCGCAUGGUGUGUCAGCUACCAGCGUGGCCGUCAAGGCAUUGCUAUGGGUUUCGACGACGGUGCUGUUGUUGUGAAGAUGGGUCGUGAGGAGCCUGCCGUAUCUAUGGACAACUCUGGAAAGAUCAUCUGGGCUCGCCACAACGAUAUUGUGACUGCUGUUAUCAAGGGCGGAGACAAAUCUUUGACAGAUGGUUCGCCUCUUACUCUGCCCUCCAAGGAUCUUGGCUCUACCGAAAUCUAUCCUCAAACUCUCAUUCACUCUCCCAACGGUCGUUUCGUCGCUGUUUGCGGUGACGGCGAAUACAUCAUCUACACUGCUCUCAUCUUAAGAAACCAGGCCUUCGGCUCUGCUCUCGACUUUGCUUGGGGUUCGAAGGAGAAUGACAAGGACUAUGCUAUUCGCGAGUCGUCCAUGUCUGUCAAGACUUUCCGCAACUUCAAGGAGAAGGCGGUCCUCGAUAUUGGUUUCCAGGCAGAGGGUCUUAGCGGUGGUGUUCUGCUUGGUGUCAAGGGUCAGGGUGGUAUUGGCUUCUUCGACUGGGAGUCGGGUCAGCUUGUCCGCAGAAUCGAGGUCGAUCCCAAGAACGUAANNGUUUACUGGUCAGAAAGCGGCGAGCUUGUUACUCUUGCUUGCGAAGACACGUUCUACGUCCUCCGCUUCUCUCGUGAGGAGUACCAGGCUGCUCUUCAGGCAGGAGAGGCUGACGAGGAUGGUGUUGAGGCCGCCUUCGAGGUCGUCACUGAUGUCAACGAGAGGUAUGUCAUUCCCAAUUAUGUCUCCUAUCUAGGGUUCACUAACAGAAAAUNNAGCGUCCGCACUGGUCAAUGGGUUGGUGACUGCUUCGUCUACACCAACAGCACAAACCGCUUGAACUACCUGGUUGGUGAUCAAACCUACACCAUCUCUCACUUCGACUCUCCUCACUACGUUCUUGGCUACAUUCCCNGCGAUGGCCGUGUUUACGUUGCCGACAAGGAUGUUCAGAUUGUCUCAUUCGCUCUUUCGCUUUCCGUCAUCGAGUAUCAAACGCUCGUCUUGCGUGGCGAUCUCGAUGCCGCCAACGAGAUGCUCGCAGAUAUCCCCGAGGACCAGAAGUCGAAAAUCGCUCGCUUCCUUGAGGGUCAAGGUUACAAGGAGCAAGCCUUGGAGGUUGCCACUGAUUCUGAGCACCGUUUCGAACUCGCACUCAGCCUGAACCAACUGGAGAUUGCACUUGAGCUUGCUCGUGAAGCCGACGUCGAGCACAAAUGGAAGACUGUCGGUGACGCCGCACUCACAGCUUGGAACAUGCGUCUUGCAGAGGAAUGCUUCACCCACGCCAAGGACAUGGGCAGUUUGCUCCUACUAUACACUUCAAGCUGCAACGAGGCUGGCUUAAGGAAGUUGGCCCAACAGGCCGAUGAUGUUGGCGCUCGCAACGUGGCUUUCAGCUGCUUGUGGCAAGUCGGCAAUCUGAACGCAUGUAUCGACCUCCUGGUUCGCACUGACCGUACCGCCGAAGCCGUGCUCUUCGCUCAGACCUACCUGCCCAGCCGGGCGCCCGAGAUUGCCAAGCUAUGGAAGCAAGGACUCGAGUCAAAUGGCAAGUCCAAGGUUGCCAGAUUGUUGGGCAUGCCGCCCGCGGACGGCGAAGGCGAUGCAGACCUCUUCCCUGAAUGGGACUCAUAUCUCCAGCUUGAGAAGGACGGAGGCAACAAAAGCCAAGACUUGAUCGAUGUUGGUGAUGAAGAGGCUGAGGCAGAGGUCGAAGAGCAAGAAGAGGACGGUGUUGAGACCGAGGAGGCAGAGGCAGAUGCAGCACCUGUUGCAGCAGACGAGGCUGAUGAGCCAGCAUCACCGCAGACGGAUACAGAGGUUUAG